AUGGCCCAUACCGCCCACAAGAACCCAAAGAAGGAGAUAUUCGAGGCGCCCGAGGUCAUCGAUCGCAAAGCAAAGGUGCUGGCCGACUUGAUUCGAAAGUCAAAGCAUUUGGUCGUGUUUACGGGCGCGGGGGUAUCUACAUCUGCCGGCAUCCCGGAUUUCCGAGGCCCCGAAGGCGUUUGGACUCUGAUGGCCCAGGGGCGACAAGCAACCAAAAAGUCUGUCGACGUGUUGCAAGCAAUACCAACAAAGACGCACAUGGCACUGGUGGAACUGCAAGAGAGAGGAAUAUUGAAGGGGCUCAUCAGCCAGAAUUGCGAUGGACUGCAUCGCCGAAGUGGCAUACGCGCUGACAUGAUUUCGGAGCUGCAUGGAAACACCAAUAUUGAGUACUGCAAGAACUGCGGAAAGGAGUUUCUGCGCGCAGAUUUCUAUGCCGUAGCCCCGGAUAACCGCCCCCUCCACGACCAUCGGACUGGACGGAAAUGCCCCAUCUGUAUGACGCACCCUCUUCAUGACACCAUCAUCCACUUCUCUGAAGACCUCCCUCUCGGCCCCUGGACGCGAGCCGAGGCACACUGCGAGAAAGCCGACCUCUGCCUGGUUCUGGGUUCUUCCCUAACCGUGACACCGGCAAACGAACUUCCCCAACUUGUUGGUGAGCGUGCCGCCGCUCAGAGAAAAAAGCAACAGACGCAGCAACCAGACACAAAUCUCGUCAUUUGCAAUCUUCAGGACACCGACCUUGAUUACCUCUGCCCAUCACCGGACCACCGAAUAUAUGCUCGGACCGACGAUUUAAUGGAGCGAGUCAUGCACUAUCUCAGCCUUCCUGUUCCUGACUUUUACGUGCGGAGAAGGUUGAUUGUUGAAACAGACGUAGACGCAAACCCUGCAGGAGGCAGGCAUGUGGUUACUGUCAAGGGCGUGGACGAGGAUAACAGCACACCUGCCAGCUUUCUGAGGACCGUCAAGCUUGUGACAGCCGGGGGAAGGCCACGUAUUGUCAAGACUGAGCCUUUUGUGCUUGGGUGGAGGGGCAAGAUUGGAGACAUGGAGGAGGAGCAGAACGGUUCUUUGGCAGAGUGUGGGGCAGACGAGGCUAAGAUCAAGUCGGAGACACUGACUUUGGCUUUGGAAUUCAUGGGAAACUACGGCGAGCUGGGCUUUGAGUUACAGCACACUGUCCGUGCAAGCAUGCCGGACAACGAGUCGAAUCCAGAAGCGUAUCAGCAGAGACAGGUGGCGUCUACUGUGUAUGAACUUGUUUACAAUCCGCGCAACGGUACGUGGGUUGGGUUACUGUACAGGUAA